AUUUUCGAUCAGUUGCAUUGUCUUUUCCUUGUCUGAGAGUACUAGUUGAUUGGUAUUUCCAUGUGAAAUUCUUCAAGGCCCUCUCGAAUCUCUCUGCUCAAUGCAGGGCCUGAGUUGGUCUGCUAGGAGAACCGGAAUGCUGGUGGCAGCAGGUCAUAUUCAGAGGGGAGGUGAUUAACCUAGUAGUACAGCAAAGCCACAACUUAAUGAUACAAUUCGGGCAUUGCUCUUCAGUUUAAGCUCAAACCCUAUGAGUUUAAAUGUUUUGGUAGGUAAACUCUGACCAAAUAGAGACACAUUUUGUGAUCAACUAGAAACACAAAUUCCACCCCACUUGGUUUUGGGAUGAAAAUUCAUCACCUGUGACGUACUAAUAAUUUACAAAUUACAACCAUAUUAACAGAUAGUGGUCCAUUAAAUUUGUUUGGCAUUCAACAUUAUUGACAUCACAGCCCGCCUCUUCCUAUAACACGCAUGGCACAUAUGCUUCCACAACUUCUACUCUAUAUAAUCGCCAUGAACAUAGUCCUGUUUCCAUCCUGAAGCAACACGUGAUUAAUGAAAGUUUUUAUUUUUGGGGAGAAUGCAAAGCUCAUCUCUUGGAAUGACUCCCCUGAUCGUGUUCCUCACCGCAAUGCUUUUCCUGAGAGGAACUUUCGGGAAAUUAGAGUGUGAGAAUCUGUCGCCAGAUACGUGCGCAUUUGCGAUUUCAUCAUCCGGGAAGCGAUGCUCGCUUGAGACGUAUUUUUCAGAUGAUAGGUCUAUCAAGUUCGAGUGCAAGACUUCUGAGAUAAUGGCAAGCGUUGCUCUACGCGAACACAUUGAAAGUAGUGACUGCAUAAACUCAUGUGGGGUUGACAAGACAACUGUUGGCAUCUCCACUGACAAAUUCUUAGAGCCACGAUUCUCCAAGAAACUGUGUUCUCAAAAUUGCCAAAUGAACUGCCCCAACAUUGUUGAUCUCUACAGCAGGUUAGCUCUUGCAGAAGGUGUAUAUUUACCUGCAGUGUGCAAGGCGUUGGCAGCUAGUUCUCGUCGCAAAAUGAAACAAAUGCAAAUUCAAAGUUCUGAAGCUGUUGCUCGAAGACAAAAAACCAUGCAAAAUCUGAACCGUGGAUCAUCAGCAGCUGAAGCUGAUGCCGUACGAAAUCUGAAUCAUGGAGCAAUAAAAUCUAGUGUUUCUUUUGCGAAUGCAGCCUCAAGUACUACUCUUCCUGCUAAAACUGAUGUCGCGGAAAACCUGAAUCAUGGAGCAAUAAAACCUAGUGUUUCCUCGGCGAAUGCAGCCUCAAGUACUACUCUUCCUACUAAAACUGAAGCCGCGGAAGACCUGAAUCAUGGAGAAACAGAAUCUGUUGUUGCUUCGGCAAAUGCAGCUUCAACUACUCUUUCUACUCAAUCUGAUGCCGCGGAAAAUAUGAACCUCGGAGAGACUGAAAUAUCUGUUGUUGCUUCAGCGGAUGCAGUUUCGAGUACUCUCGCCACUAAAUCCGAUGCCGCGGAAAAUCUGAACCUUGGAGAGAUUGAAUCUGGUGUUGAUUCGGCGAAUGCAGCUUCAAGUGCUCUUGCUUUUGCCCAGGGUGGUGCAGAAGCUCCAAUUCCCUGUUUUACACAAUAAACUUAGCUGAUGCAUCCCUUCAUUUCUGAUAGUUAAUCUCUACCAAUUUUGUGCAGAUCAGUCUGCUGUAGACAAUAUUAUUAUUAUUGUCAAAAGAUUGGAAAGCUCAUUCUGCAGCUGUAACAUGAUGAUUAUUAGGUAUACAGUAUACUAUGGUAGAAACAUAUAUACGCACUUGAUAUACAUAUUCCAAUUGUAUCUUAACUAUAUAAGGACAUGUAUACAAGG